CUCUGCUUUUCCUUUGCGGGAUUUAUUUUCUCAGCUCCAAAUCUACUUCUGCUUUAUUCUUAUUUCUCACCCCAAUUUUUGCGACCGAAGGCCUUCAACUUGUCCGGACGGUCCCUCCUCAGUCGCAAGGAAAGGUGAGUUUCCUGACCCUGGGUACGAGGAUUCAUUUCUUGGAGAGGAAAAAUGUGGUGCCACUUACUCGCUGCACCCUGGCGGGAUGUGUUUACUGAGAAGACGUUUGCUCUAACUUGAAAGCCCCUUCCUCUGAUGGAUUUGGCAGUUUGAUGAUAACAUGUUAAGUUGAUCCUUUUACACCUCUGUUGACGGAUUGGAUGAACUGCCUUUGAGGAUCUUUGAGUGGAACCUAGCCUGACUGACUUGACGCAGUUUUGCGUUUCCUACAUAUAGACUUGUUCUUUUGGAUGUUACGCGUUUACUUUGGAUUCUAUUGGAUAUUGCUGAGAUUUUCCUUGAGGAGGGGGUUUCACUCAAUUGGAGUCUGAGUGGCGCUAGUGUUUGACUCCGUAAGAGGUGGACUUACCCGGGUGUUUCCCAUGAAGGACAUGGAUGGCCCUCGAUCAAGUGGACUCCGGAAGAAGCGGAAGUCGAGAUCAGAGCGGAAUCGGGAGAGGCGAUCAAAUGGGAUAAGAAACAACCAUGUCAAAGGCUCAGUGUUUCGCCUCUCGUCCGACUCGGAGCAGGGGGGUGAGAGGGAGCCCUCCUCAUCCCGCCCCCCUCGUCCUCCGCGAAGAAAGCGAAAGGAGUCUACUUCUGCUGAAGAGGAUAUCAUCGACGGCUUCUCCAUCACAGGCUUCGUGACCCUGGAGGCUCUGGAGAAGAAUCUGACAUUGAAGCCUCAGGAGGGCAGGGACAACCAGGCCGGACCCCUCAGCAAGAAAAAGCCUCCCAGAGUCCCCAAUGGCCUGAGCCUUGAGCACUGCAAGAACAAUUUCCACCACCACCGGUCAUCAGACCAGGAGAACAACCCCCGCCUGGUGCACACCCAGGGCAAGAGGAAGAAGAAACACCUGAACAAGAAACACAGGAUGCUGAAACCUGGGCAGAAUAACUGCAAGGACAGUGACAGCGAGAGUGUGAGCGGGGAGUCCAAGCCGUCCAUCAGGAGCAGCUCCAAGGACAGGCUGACAGAUUGUGACACCGAGAGUGACCAAGAUGACAAGGUUUCCGAUGCCAGUUCAGAGAAAUUUUUCAGAACAGCUGGAGUUAAAGUUCCAGAUUUUGGUCUUGAUGUGCUCUCCAACAAUGGCAGCCAGGAGCCUCACGGCCCCGGCUUCAUCACGGUGUCAGGUCUAGAGCGGAGUCAAGAGAGGAGCCAGGAGAGUUGCAGAGACCCCCAGUCCCCUGCAUCCAGCACCCCCAAUCCACUCCUGCCCCCCAAAGGCCCCCCCCAGCCACAGCCCCAGGCACCUGCCCCCCAGGCCCCGUCCCCCCUUCGGACCCAAACGAACAGUCCCGCUCAGGCUCCGGCUUCAGCCCACCUGCUCCCGCGUUCAGAGCCCCCGCCCAGGCCUCAGACGCCCCCGGCCCUGCCGCCCGCCCAGAGCCAAGAGUCCUUGCCAACGGCCCCAACCCAACCCCAACACCCGCCGGAGCAGCUGCCCCACAGCAGGCCUCAGCCCACACCCAGCCUGCACCCACACCCACCGUCCCCCGCCCUCCCGAGCCAUCACCCCCACCAGCAGCACCCACACCAGGCAGGGGCUCACCGGCCCCCGUCGCGCUGCCACCCCCGGCCGCUUUCUGCCUACAACAGCCUCAACCUCAACGGCCACAGCAGCAGCAGGAGCAGCACCCCAGGCACCAAGCUCCACGGGCCGCCUGCUCCCUCCUUGCACCACCCCCACCACCCGCCUGCUCCUCCAGGGGCAGCAGCCGCCUCCACCUUCUCCCUGCCUCUGGCCGCCAACCAGAGCCACCCCCACGGCUUCCCCUCUGCCUUGCAGUCCUCACCUCACCCACAUCACCCCAAUAUGUUUGCGCCUCCAGCAGCAUUGCCUCCACCACCACCACUGACGUCUAGCACCCAUCCAGUACCUGGACAUCCUGCUGCUGGGAGUGCCUACUCAGAGCAAGAACUUCUGCGCCAGGAGCUCAACACUCGUUUCCUGGCCUCCCAGAGCGCAGACCGCGGCGCCUCCCUGGGCCCCCCGCCCUACCUGCGCACUGAGUUCCACCAGCACCAACACCAGCACCAGCAUCAGCACCAACACACCCACCAGCACACGCACCAGCACACCUUCACGCCCUUCCCCCACGCCAUCAUGCCCACCCCUGCACCGCCCAUGGUGCGUACCCCUGCCAGAAAUUUUGAGAAAUACCCAACAAAAGUCGACCCCUUCUACAGACACAAUCUCUUCCACACUUACCCGCCAGCCAUCAGCGGCCUUCCCCCAGUCAUCCCCCCGAACGGGCCCUUCAGCUCGCUGCAGGGCGCCUUCCAGCCCAAGACCUCCAACCCUCUGGACGUGCCCAACAGACCCGGCGGCGUCCCACACACAUUCUUACAGAAGGACCCCCGACUGACGGAUCCAUUUCGGCCCAUUCUGAGGAAACCAGGGAAGUGGUGUGCCAUGCAUGUGCAUAUCGCCUGGCAGAUUUACCAUCAUCAACAGAAAGUAAAGCAGCAGAUGCAGGUCGACCCUCACAAGCUUGACUUCGGCCUCAAGCCCGAGUUCCUGAGUCGACCUCCGGGCCCCAGCCUCUUUGGCGCCAUCCAUCAUCCCAAUGACUUGGCGCGGCCCGCCACGCUCUUCUCCGCCGCAGGUCCUACACACCCAUCAGCUGCUCCCUUCGGCCACCCCCAACACCAUCCUGGCAACUUCAUCACCCCAUCAUCACACUUAGAGCCUUUCGCCAGGCCUGCAUCGUUCGGGGGACUGGGAUCUCUCAGCUCGUCAGCCUUUGGGGGACUGGGAAAUCCAGCACUAAAAUCCCUGGCAGCGGCCAACUCCAUGUUCGGCCAUAAAGAUGGCCCUAAUGCACAACAGCACUUCAACAACAGCUGUAACAGCGGCAACCAGGAGCCGUGGAACCGCCUGCACCGCACGCCGCCUUCCUUCCCCACGCCGCCGCCCUGGCUGAAACCCGGGGACUCCGAGAGGAGCGCCUCGGCCAGCUCGCACGAGAGGGACAGGGAGGCUGACAAACGGGAUUCAUUGGUCGGUAAAGAUGACAAAGACAGGGAAUCUGUAGAGAAGCGUCACCCAAGCCAUUCGUCCCCGGUCCCCAUCAACCCCAUCAACCUCCUCAGCCACAGUCGCCCCCCUGAGCACCACAGGAACCACCUGCCUCCUUCUUCUGGAGAAGCUCAGAGGGACAAGGAGAACAAGGCCAAAGAGAGGGAGAGAGAGCACUCGGACUCUUGGAAAGACAACGGCACAGACGAUCACAAGCUCAAAGACAGCCAGCACAGUGACAAGGACACACCGGUCAUCCACGAUGGCCGCGUGUCGGAGGACAAAGUGCCCAGCAGGGGAACUACGUCGCCCUACGUCCGGCAGACCAGCCUGGAGCGGCCCAACGGCGGCCUGAACCGGGAGGUGCUGGAGAAGAAGGGAGACCUGCCAUACGAGCACCAGAAGAAGAACAGUGAGGUGAAGGUAAAGGAGGAACGAAAGGAGGAGCAUGAGGGAGCCCAGGAGAGGGCAAAUGAGCACCCAACACAUGCCUCCUCCACACCCACCCUCCACCCACCCCCCUCCUCCGUGCCUAUGCCCAUGGGCAUGGCUGGUGUCCACCCCAUCAACAGCAUCAGCAGUCUGGAGAGAACUCGAGUGGUGGCCCCGUUUAUGGGCAUCAGCCCCAUCCCGGGAGCUGAGAGGUUCCCCUACCCCGCCUUUCACUGGGACCCCAUGAGGGACCCCUACAGAGCCCUGGACAUGCACAGACGGGACCCUCUGGCCAGGGAGCUGCUGCUGAGGAACGACCCUCUGCACCGGCUGGCGGCGCCGCGCCUCUACGAGGCGGAGCGCUCCUACAGGGACCGCGAACCUCAUGACUUUAACCGUGAGCACUCUCUGGCCCUGGAGCAGCGGAGGGAGCACGAGCGCGCCCACAUGGAGGAGCGGGAGCGCCUCAAUAUGCUCAGAGAGGACUAUGAGCACGGGCGUCUGCACCCCCAGAUGCCCCACCACGCCCUUGAUGGACACCUCCCCCACGCCGCCCCGGCCCUCAUCGCCCCCGGACUCCCGGGCAUGCACUACUCCAGGGUGAGCCCCUCGGCUGCAGCGGCAGCAGCCGCCGCUGCCGCUGCCGCCGCCCACCAGAACAGCCUCCUAAACAAAACGCCCCCCACAGCAUCCCUGAGUGCCCCGCCGCCUCUUAUCCCCACACUGGGGGCCCGGCCCGGCUCGCCCAGACGGACUACCCCCCUGGGCGGCGACAUCAGAGACAGAGCGGCUCACAAAGACAUCGAGGCGCGGUGAGCUGAGCCUCGGUGCAGCCCCGUGCCUCACCAACACUGAACUCAGCACUUAGCUUUGGACAAAGCAAGACUGUAAAAUAGCUGUGAAUAAUUUAUGUAGGCAGAAAUGCCUACACGAUUAAUUGUUUUUGUAUAAAACUACAAAAAGACAAUAACCUUUUUUCCCCCAGUUUGCUUCAGCUUUUGUGUGCAUUCUUUCUCCUGCAUAGCAAAGUGACUCGGAGUAAGACUUAGCCGUUUUGAAAUGUACAGGUACUCUAGCACUGACGGACGUGUAGAUAAUGUGUACAGUCGCUGUGCUCACUCUGUAUGGAUUAAAAAUCAUGGUACAAAUAUGCAAGAGUGUUUUGAAAGCUUUACUUUGAAUAAAAUGUAAAUAUAGGAGUAUUAAGGCUGUGAUUCAGAAUGUGCUUUCUGCAAUUAGUUUUGGGUUUUUCUUUUCCGUCUCUUUAGUUGACACAGGUGGUUAGCAUGUACCAGAGACCCCAUAAUCAACUAUGCAACAAAUGACUAGGCUCGUUUUCUGAAAGCUGGCCUUCUCAGCCCUGGUGACUGUGCACCAUCAAAAAGGACAACGAGGCUGCGUUCUCUCCACAACUCAGACUUGAUCGAAACGAGCUUUAACUGAUCCACACAGGGUUUGUGGUAUUGAUUUCAUAAAAUGACGACAUUUGAGAAUGACUAUAAUAUAAAAUAUUGUAGUGACAAUCUAGAGUAUUGAUUUAAAAGGAUUCUUGUUUUUUAUGUUAAAAGCUGGCAGCACAAAUGUUUCUCAUUUAUUCUUUUUCCCAGUCACCAUCAGUCUUGUUCUGGGAAGAAUGCAGCUCUUUAAUCACCAUGACAGCACAGUAGCCCUGUUAUAAGAGUGUAAAGUACGUGUUUUGGAAGUAAGUUGGUCGAACAGUGUAUUCAAGUGCUUUCCUGAGUUGUUGUAACUACAAAAAUGAAAAGACAAAAAAAGCAAAUCUCAACUAUGGGCCGUUUGUUUUUAACUUGCAGAGAUCUAUUUUAGUAGUCCACUGAGGGUUUAGUUGUGCGCUUCAAACUCUGCAAUAUCAUGUCGUGCAGUGUUUUUUAAUCCAACAUUAAAAUGUCCAGCAGAGCCAUAGUGGUUAGUCGAUGCAUAUUGCAAAAAGAUUGUUAAAUGAGAAACCUUUUUUUUGCUGUUUACCAUGUACAGGAGAAAAAAAAAUGUCUUUCUAGAUCAUGUACAAAAAUGAGAAAAAAAAAAUUAAGCGACUGAAUCUUCAGCAUGCUCCUCAUUUAAACUUGUGUUAUGUAAAUUGUGCCAUGUUAUAAAAAAAAAAAUU